AUGCGUGGGCGAGACCUCGCCCUCGACGUGAACGGAUUUUGUUGCAUCCAGUUGGAAACUCACCCUAAUUCUGAUGACCCUCAAUCGCAGGAAAAAUUUCUUGCUCAAUACUUUCCCUUGCUCACAAAAGCUGUCAAGGAUCUAAUUGGAGCCAAGCGCGUUCAAAUUUUCAACUACGAGAUACGCAAAAGGCAUCCUGAUUUCCGUGCUGGUGAAGGCGGAGACUUCAAGCAUAUGCAGCCGGCCGCAAUGGCACACAUCGACGGAACUCUUAGUGAUUCCCAGCGUCUCGUGCAAAAGAUGAAUCCAGAUCACUAUUCGGCGCUUUCUAAAUAUCGGUGUCAAGUCCUCAAGUACGUGGUCAAUCAUGCUUGUGAAAGCAGUUUCUGA